GAGGCCUUUGCGCCAACAUGGCUGCCGGAAGUAGCUGCGCGCUCUCCGCGGAAGACUCUCUGGAGAUUCGUACUCCACACACCCCCAGUCCCCGGCGCUGUGCAUCCCGGGCCUUGUAGUCUCAGGCUCCCCGGCCGGCUGGGCUGGGCCGCACGCGGCUCCGGGCGGAGUCCGCGGGCGCAGGAUGUGAGCUCACAGCCCGAGAUUGCUGGCGGGCAGGCAGCCACAGGCUAGGGGCUGCACAGAGUCUGCUCGCCACCCAGCUGAGAGGAGAGGCGUCCCCGGGGACGCAUUGAGAGUAUGAGGCUCUGGCCUUCCCUGGCCACUCACUCGUGACCCCUUCCACCACGGCGGAGUCUUCUAAGCCUACCUCCUGCCGUGUGGUGAUCUACCUGCAGCGGGAGAUGUCAGGGGAUACCUGUCUGUGCCCAGCCUCGGGGGCAAAGCCCAAGCUGAGCGGUUUCAAGGGAGGAGGGCUAGGCAACAAGUACAUCCAGCUCAAUGUGGGUGGCUCCCUGUACUACACCACCGUGCGGGCACUGACCCGCCAUGACACUAUGCUCAAGGCCAUGUUCAGCGGGCGCAUGGAGGUGCUAACUGACAAAGAAGGCUGGAUCCUUAUAGACCGAUGUGGAAAGCACUUCGGCACCAUUUUGAAUUACCUCCGAGAUGACACCAUCACUCUCCCUCAAAACCGGCAAGAAGUCAAGGAAUUGAUGGCUGAAGCAAAAUAUUACCUCAUCCAGGGGCUGGUGAACAUGUGCCAGGCUGCUCUGCAGGACAAAAAAGACUCCUACCAGCCUGUGUGCAACAUACCUGUGAUCACAUCCCUGAAAGAAGAGGAGAGGCUUAUCGAAUCCUCCACCAAGCCCGUGGUGAAGCUGCUGUACAACAGAAGCAACAACAAGUAUUCCUAUACCAGCAACUCUGAUGACCACUUGCUGAAAAACAUCGAGCUGUUUGACAAACUCUCCUUGCGCUUCAAUGGCCGUGUACUCUUCAUCAAGGAUGUCAUCGGUGAUGAGAUCUGCUGCUGGUCCUUCUAUGGCCAAGGUCGUAAGCUGGCAGAGGUGUGCUGCACCUCCAUCGUAUAUGCCACCGAGAAGAAGCAGACCAAGGUGGAAUUCCCGGAGGCCCGAAUCUAUGAGGAAACACUCAAUGUUCUACUAUACGAGACUCCCCGCAUCCCUGACAACUCCUUGCUGGAAGCUACAAGCCGUAGCCGCAGCCAGGCUUCCCCCAGUGAAGAUGAGGAGACCUUUGAGUUGCGGGACCGUGUUCGCCGUAUCCAUGUCAAGCGCUAUAGCACUUAUGAUGACCGGCAGCUCAGCCACCAGUCUGCCCAUCGUGACUGACAAGACCCUCAGGGAGUCAGGGCACAGGAGGCCUGUCUCCUGUCCUGUGGAAGCCCACCCCGUUGGCCACCCCAUCCUGCUGCUAGCUGUGUCUCUGCUCCAGCACCCAGAGGCAUGAUAGGCCCUGCUGGGAGGUCAGAAGGCCUGGGCAGGGGAGGGACCACAUUCCUUUGCCUUGCCCCUGAGCACUUCCAGAUGACUUGAGUCCUGUCACAUUUGCUCAGCAUCUCCCUUCUUGCCUGACAGGGAGUCACUUCUGCUCUGGGGUAAGUGGACUAAUCUACCCACCUCCAGCUAAGAACAUUCCCCUAGGCCCUUUGCUGAGCACCCCCUUCCUCUACAGAAGGGCUACUAUCCUUAGGCCUCUGCUAAGGCCCAUGGGGAAUGGGUUCAUUCAGGGGAAGGGAGCUGCUGGUGCUGUGGAGACCCAGUUUUUUAACAGAAGGUAGGACUUCUUUUUCCCCAAGGUAUUUAAGCACAUGCUUGAUUUUUGUUUUUUAAAAAUAAUCUAGGAAAUGAAUAGUUUUAAGUCUAAUAAUGAGGAGACGGGACAUUUUGGUUGCCCUGUAGGGUGCCAAGGCCCUGCAUAUGACAGACCCCUUGGCCCUUCUCCAUGCCUUGGGAUCCGUUUCUUUAAAGCACUUUGUACUGUUAUUCAGAAGAUUUGUAUUCUGCCCUGACCCAUGUCUUUUCUGACCCUAAUCUCUUCUCCCCUGCAGCCUCAGUCAGAGGGAAGGGAUAAAGAGGAAGCAGUAAAAAUACAGACCAGCUGUGACUUUGCCAGCCUGGCCACACAGCCAACCCAAAGAGCACUGAGGAAGGAAGGGUGCGUAAGUUGGGCUCUAGAGUCCUAAUAGGGUCCCUGUGAGAAAAGACAUUUUACCCCCACAUCUUAGUCACAUAAUUGGCUCCUGGGGUCUACCAUGAUCACUCUUUUUGGUUUUCUUGUCUUUGAGUGCCCUUGGCUGCAAGGCAUGCUGUCCUUACCAUACUAUAAAGCCAAAGAGCUGUCAUAGGGUACAAAAGCUACUUUACACUAGAAACACGAGCCACAGCAUGAAAGCUGUGGAGCCCCUGGGCUCUGCAUUGUGCUGCCUGGUGUGACCAUCAUCAGUCAAGGACAGGCAACUCAGCCUCAGCUGUGCUCUCAGCAGCUCCUGGGAAGAGGUGGCAUGUGUGUGGCCACAUAUCUCCCACCCCGCUCUUUCCAUGCUGUUGGUUUAUAUCCUGUCUGGGGAUGAUGGUUCUGCACAGUGGGGAGUCUCAGAACACAGGAUGAAGGAGCACCCUCAGCCCCUUAAAGGUCUUCAUACCUUUGGGCAACUUAGCUAUGGAGAUGCCAAGCAUCAGCCAGGGUAUAAGUUCCUCUUUAGGGCUUUUUCAUUCCCUUCUUUUGUUUGGCCUGGCCCUUGGGAAGCAGCUUAUCUGAAUUCUUUCCAAAGGAAUGCUGUCAGGGAGGGAGCAGUUGUGCCAGUCCAGAAAGCAGCAUAACCACGGGGAAGGGAUAUAGGUUAUCAAGUUCAUCCCUCUCGACUACUCUUACAAUAGCUAAGUGGUGGCUGCGCAUGGCUGGCCCACAGAGUCUGUGGACAAGUGCCAGGACCAGAGUUAGACACUCACAAGGACCUGAAGUGACAUGAUGAGAGGAGACAUGGGACUUUAAUCAGGCAUUUUAUGUGUUAGUCACAGUCUUGAAUGUAUAAAUAGCUCUUAAGACUCUCAGGGUCAGGUACCUUGAUGAUGGAUGAGCUGCUAGUUCUUUCAGCCCUUCCUGGAGUAACAAGAUAGGACAAAUCCAUUUAUUUGGCCAAAUUCAGGCUUUGGUUUUCUGGCUUUCCCACAGACUUCCACCUGAGGUCACUGGCCUGUUUUCUCAGCUCCCCUCUUGAAGCCCUUUAAUACUCAAAUUGCCAGUUCCCCACUGAGGUAUUUUCAGGCUUACCCUUUGACCUCUUCAUCCCCCCUUCAGCCUGUACUCUCUGCUCUGCCAUUCAGAUCUUCCUGUCUCAGUGAUGACUAGGUUUUCUUCUGAGAAAUCACAGGAGACUGGGCAUUUAUCCUCUGUGAUUGAAAAUACUUCUUUGGUCUUUAUUGAGGAGACUCCUUGAAGUGAUCUUGGCAUCUUUAAUCAAACUUUGUGGCUUAAGGAUUUGGAGCAAAUUUCUCUGAAAGUUUCCCAGCCCCAUUCAGAAAGCAGCUUUUGACUCUAUUUUUUAACAUCAAGCAGCCCCAGGAGGAAGUAAACAAAAAGCAUGGAUGACGGUCAGACUUUUUUUUUUUUUUUUUUGAGACAGUCUCACUUUCUUGCCUCUGAUAGAGUGCCUCAAACUCUUAGGCUUAAGUGAUUCUCUUGGCUCAGCCUCCCAAGUAGCUGGGACUACAAGCACCCUCCAUUGCGCCCAGCUAUUUUUAUUGCAGUUGUCGUUGUUGUUUGGCUGGCCCAGGCUGGGUUCGAACCCGCCAGUUUGGGUGUAUAUGGCCGGCGCCCUAUCCACUGAGCCACAGGUGCCACCAAACUUUUUUUUGGGACAGUCUCACUCUGUUGCCCAAACUAGAGUGCUGUGAUAUCAGCCUAGCUCACAACAUCAUCAAACUCCUGGGCUCAAGCGAUCCUCCUGUGUCAGCCUCUGGGGUAGCUGCAACCACAGGCACCUGCCACAAUGCCCAGUUAAUUUUUCUAUUUUAGUAGAGAUGGGGGUCUCACUCUUGGCUCAGGCUGGUCUCGAACUCCUAAGCUGAAGCGAUCUGCUUGCCUCAGCCUUAGAGUGCUAGGAUUACAGGCAUGAGCUACUACACACUGCCCAAACUUUGUCACUUUCUGAGAAAACUGGAAGCCUGCUGUCAACAACACAGACCAGUAUUGGGUUUAUUGGAUUUAGUAUGUGACCAAGGUUAAGCCUGAAAGAUGGCACCAGUCUUGGGCAUGAGGGAAUUUUUCCUUUAUCAUAUAACUGCAAUACUUUGUCACUCAGCAUAAGUGAUGGAAGUAAACACUAAUUUCUAAUAAAACAGGGUCACUGCAAUGGAACAGAGCCAUGUUUACUGAGAGUAGGGCUUGGCCAGCUGCAGGCUUAGUUCCUGCACUUCUCUUCACCACCUGACCUUGUGGUGUUCUAGCUGGUUCACGCCACCCACUGUACUCAGUUGCCCUGCAACCCAGGCUCCCCCUGGUGGAGGAUUAAGGACAAUAACAAGGGCUGGAACUGAGAUUUAAUACUAAUUUCAAGAAUAAAAAGACUUCUAACAAUCACUGCAUUGGUAGGGAAGAAGGAAUCCUAAGAAUUAGGGCAGAAUGCUGUGCAAUUCAUUUCUGGCUCUUGGAUAUCUGAGAAGCUAAGGAAGUAGCUUGGCUUCACUGUCCAUACCAAAAGCUGCUCCUCUGCUGAAUUCCUACAUUUGUGGUCUAGAUGCUUGACAGACUUGUAGUUGGCGAGCCCAGUGCUCCAGGAAACCCAACUGGCUUGCUUCAUCUUCUCCUGGGCCCAGUGAAGCCAGAGAUGACAAUGGUUGUCAGUGCCAAGAGCCAGGCCACUCUGAUCCUGGCUCCCUGUCUGCACUUGGCACGAGGUAAGGAAAACACAAGAGUCCACUCCAGUGUCCACCCACUGGCUGAG